UGGUGAAAUAUUCAUUCUGUUAUACAUUUUAACAGAGCCCUGUUUAAUAAGAACGGAACAAUGAACCCGUUUGGUUUUAAUUCGAGCGCAUUCUAUUAAAGGUCCGAUAAAUUGUUUGGAGUAGUAGCGACGUUGCGUCAUUUUGCUGCAUAGUUGAUUUUGGUUGGGUUGUACGAUUUAAUCACUUUUUGAAUACAGGUUUUAUUAGCUGGUUUUAAUGACACUCUCGUAAACUGUUGACACCUGCUUAAUUCCAAUUCCAGCCUUUUAUUCGGCAGUUAGGAAAAGACACCACGUCCAUUGAGUUUUAAGAUAAAAAACGCGUGCUUCUUUCAAGAGAAACAGAAUACGAUUUAGAACGAUUUAGGGUGGAAAGCCUGCGCUGACUCAGCCAAGCAAUGACGAUAACAUUUCUGUGGCUCUUCAUUAUUUGUUUAAGUUUCUCCAAGCCAAGCAAGUCAGUUUGGUGGACGUUAGGAACACAUACCACACUUUCAACGGAUCCAGCGAAGAAAGCAGCUCUCCUAUGCUUCACAACUCCUCAGCUUAACACAAAACAACAAGAUAUUUGCCGGAGACACCCAACUCUGAUGGCAAGUGUGGCUAAAGGAGCCAGAGAAGCGGUGGAAGAAUGUCAGAUUCAGUUUCGACACAGGCGAUGGAAUUGUUCGUCUGUUCCUGACUCUGGAACACUGUUCGACCCGAUCUUAAAGCGAGCCAGUCGCGAAUCAGCCUAUCUGUACGCCAUCACAGCAGCAGGAGUCGCUCAUGCGGUUACAGCUUCGUGUAGUGUUGGUAAUACUCAAAGUUGUGACUGCGAUCGAUCACUGAGUGGUUCCACCCAGAAGGGCUGGACAUGGGCUGGCUGUAACAGCAACAUCAAGUUUGGGAGCUGGUUUUCAGAGCAGUUUACUGAUGCGCGGUGGAGAGGUAACAGUCCAAAGGCUGUCAUGAACAGACAUAACUGCAAGGCUGGACGAAAGGCUCUUUCAAAGCUGGUCUGGAAGAAAUGCAAGUGCCAUGGUUUAUCUGGUUCGUGCUCCAUGAAAACAUGCUGGAUGCAACAACCCUCAUUUCGGCAAGUUGGCGAUCAUCUUAAACAGAAAUUCGAUAGAGCAGCUGAAAUGACAAUCAAGCUGAAUAGAAGAGGAAAAGAACGUUUAAAGCCUAAGAACACUCGCUUGAAGAAACCCUCGGACUCCGAUUUGAUAUAUUACCAAUCGUCGCCAAAUUACUGUGACGCAGACGUCAACGAGGGAACCCUAGGAACCUCGGGAAGAGCGUGCAAUAUUUCGUCACAAGGAAUCGAUGGGUGCGAGCUUUUGUGCUGCGGGCGCGGUCACAAUAUACAACAGGACAAGGUUGUCAGAAAUUGUAACUGUGUAUUUCUAUGGUGCUGUCAAGUAAAAUGUCAAAAGUGUCGAGAGAUUGUAAACAUCUACACAUGUAAAUAAGGUACACCGGACUCACUGCUUAGUCCAACACUAGCCUAAAUUCUUCUCGCCUUGUAUCAUUUUUAUACUUGUAGAUAUUUUUAAGAACAUUUUAGUGGAAGAUAUUGUAUGUUCGUGGGUAGAAAAAACACAAAGUUUGUUCAUCUUUUAAUAAUUAAAGGAGCGUUGAUCGUUGAUUCCCGCCAAAUAACUAUUUGCAUCACAUAUGAUUAUAAAACUCAACGUUCUUCCUGCAGAGAUUAUAAUAGAAGUUUUCUUUUAAAUUAAUUGUGACACUACAAGCAUGCCCUACCUAAAAGAGUGCAAGAUGGAAUGAAUGUCUUUAAUUGUCUGAAGAGUUCACAGGAAAUAAAACCAAACAAAACUGA